CACUACCAGACAUAUGGGUCCUACUCUUCUCAUCACUCUCUCCACCACCUAAUCCUCUCUCUCUUUCUCUUUCUUCUUCCUCAAUUCUUGAAACUCUCUUUCAGAUUUCAAGAAACCCUUAAAAUCCUCUCUCUGUCUCUUUCUGUUUGUUUGUUUUCUUGUUUCCUUCUCUCUCUCUCUCUCUCUCUUUCUUUGUCUUCCUUUCCCAGGUUUUUUUGCUCUCUCUGCUUUCUUGACUUUCAAAAGACUCUUUCUUUCUUUUGGGUUGAUUUUGGAUUCUAGGGCUCUCUGCUUUUAGUGGGUUUUUGUUCUUGUUGUUGUUGUUGUGAAUUUUCUGAUGAUUACUGAACUUGAGAUGGGGAAAGGUGAGAGUGAGCUUGAGCUUGGUCUAGGGCUGAGUCUUGGCGGUGGAACGGCGGCCAAGAUUGGUAAAUCAGGUGGUGGUGGCGCGUGGGGAGAGCGUGGGAGGCUUUUGACGGCUAAGGAUUUUCCUUCUGUUGGUUCUAAACGAGCUGCUGAUUCUGCUUCUCAUGCUGGUGCAUCUCCUCCUCGUUCAAGUCAAGUUGUGGGAUGGCCUCCUAUAGGGUCACACAGGAUGAACAGUUUGGUUAAUAACCAAGCUACGAAAUCUGCGAGGGAAGAAGAAGAAGCUGGUAAGAAGAUAGUCAAAGACGAUGAACCUAAAGAUGUGACGAAGAAAGUGAAUGGGAAAGUGCCAGUUGGGUUUAUUAAGGUGAACAUGGAUGGAGUUGCUAUAGGAAGGAAAGUGGAUUUGAGUGCUCAUUCUUCUUACGAGAAUUUGUCGCAAACAUUGGAAGAUAUGUUCUUUCGCACUAAUCCGGGUACUAUCGGGUUAACCAGUCAGUUCACUAAACCAUUGAGGCUGUUAGAUGGAUCGUCUGAGUUUGUACUUACCUAUGAAGAUAAGGAAGGAGAUUGGAUGCUUGUUGGCGAUGUUCCAUGGAGAAUGUUCAUCACCUCAGUGAAAAGGCUUCGGGUUAUGAAAACCUCUGAAGCUAAUGGACUCGCUGCACGAAAUCAAGAACCAAACGAGAGACAAAGAAAGCAGCCGGUUUAGCUCUCUUUCCGACGUUACGCUGUUACAGGUUUUCUUUUUUUUGGUUUUUGCAAGUCUGAGAUACUUCUGAAGCAAGCAUAAAGAAGAAGCAUAAGCUAGAUUGAUCUUAUAUCCAGUUUGUGUAUUUUCUUGGUUCUUCUAAUGGUGUUUACUGGUUUUCUUUAGGUUUUUUUUUGCUGUCUUUUAAAUUUCGGUUGCGAUUUCACUAUAUACUAUGGAUGGAAGAGAAUGCUCUUUAUAUCUUUUACUACACUGUAAAUAUUUGAAGCUUAUCUAAUAUCGUUUAAGGGUUUUAGUUUAUGA